CGUGACGCUCGCGAGUCGGGAAGGAGCUCCCGGCAUGCCGCGGGGCAGGAGUUGUAGUUCUCUCCUGAGGGAAGGAGGAAAGCGGCGCGCUCCAUAAGGGCAGAGGGGCGGCUCCUUCUUCCUCCUCGAAGACUUCUGGUUCCUCAACCGGCGGGAUGGCGCGGCAAGGCAGCCGAGGCGGCGCCGAGAGCAAGAAAAUGAGCUCGGAGCUCUUCACUCUGACCUAUGGGGCCCUCGUCACUCAGCUGUGUAAAGACUAUGAGAACGAUGAAGAUGUCAAUAAGCAACUUGACAAAAUGGGCUACAACAUAGGUGUUCGACUCGUUGAAGACUUCCUGGCCCGAUCCAACGUAGGAAGGUGUCACGACUUUCGAGAAACGGCAGAUGUAAUUGCAAAGGUGGCAUUUAAAAUGUACUUGGGUAUCACACCAAGCAUCACAAACUGGAGUCCGGCAGGUGAUGAAUUCUCCCUCAUCCUAGAAAACAACCCACUGGUGGACUUUGUGGAGCUGCCUGACAGUCAUUCAUCUCUUAUUUAUUCUAACCUCUUAUGUGGGGUGCUACGGGGAGCCUUGGAAAUGGUUCAGAUGGCUGUGGAUGUCAAAUUUGUCCAGGACACACUGAAAGGAGACGGGGUCACAGAAAUAAGAAUGAAAUUUAUAAGGCGGAUUGAAGACAAUCUCCCUGUAGGAGAAGAGUGAGUCCCGGAGUCACCCUCCAUCUCCUGAACUGGAAGGAAUUGAGCCAGUGCUACCUGACCUGUUCAGAUGCUGUAUUUCCCUAGGAACCAUUUGAAUUCUCCCUGUUAAUUCCACAGAUUUGUAUUAAAGACCUUUGUAAGGUGUAAGACACUUUUCAUACUCCUCAGAGACACUCAUUUCUAUUUUCCACAUUUGGCUCCAUGCAAAUGUACAGGAUGCUUCUUGCAGUUUUGAAAGUGAGUAAUCAAAAUUGGUUCCCACCCAGAGAUGCUCCUCUUGUCUUGCAACAUCUGAAAAGCAUCAACAUUGCUUUCUGCUUUUUCCUGCUCAUAGGAGUGGUGUCCAGAACCCAAAUAUAUAUCUCUUGGUGGUAGAUAGCCAUUCCUUGAUAGUAGAAAAAAUGCAGUAAAUAUUUAAAAUAAGUUUGGGUUAUCACUGGUUCUCAGGUUUACGUUUGUUGUGAAGGAAAUAAUGAUUUUAAAAGGUUUGAUGUCUCUCACAAAACAAGAGUGCUGCCGAUUAGGCUGUCAUGUUGGUGCCCUUGAUACAAAUAAUUUUCUCUGGUUGUAUCUCACUGUUAGUUAGCUGAAUUUGUAUUACCAUGAUGGUACUUUUGCACUGUUUAAAUAAGUAUCAGAGAAAGUUUCCCAGUCAUAAUAAUCUCUAAGGAUAUUUUGCUUGGAGUGGGCCUGAUUUAUAUAACUUAUUGAUGUGUACUUAAAUACAAGCAACUGUUCAGAAAGAUUCAGGUACCCAGGGUUUCUGGGGUAUUGCAAUUGGCUGACAUGAUAAGAGGAUACCACUGUUAGGUCUUUAAUCAUUAGCUAUAUGUUAUCCUGGGAGGCAAGGUUAUGGGGAGAAAAUAUUGUUAGGUAGGCUUAUGUAAAUGUAUCCAUGAGCUAAGGCUUUGUGAAUUGAAUCGCUGAAGAGGGAUAUUGGAGAACACUCUAGACUUUUCAAACAGGGAAAGUGAAUAAUAGAAUGCACUCAGGAAUUAAGUAUGUGGCUCCAGUUUUAUUCUACUGGCUGUGUAUCGAUAGAAGAUCCCAUCUGUGUAUAUCAUAAAACCUAGACCUCUCACCAGGUAAUAUAAUUACUACUAAACCCAGCAGAUAUUUCUCCAUGAAAACGGUAGAGAUUCUAUUGAGCGCAUGUAUGCUGAAUUCAUUUAUUAGAAAUUUCAGCUUUCCUUCAAGUGGCACAAUUAGUAAUGCCUGUACUAUUUUGAAAUGAUAGAAUAUAUUGGGCCAAAGCUGAGAAUGCUGAGUUCAGAAUCAUCAGAAAUUGAGAGUGUGUGAAAAAUAGAUGUUAUGAUUUGUGUACACACCAGUUAUAUAGUGUUGCACACCAGUUAUAUAGAGCUGCAGGCCACUGCCACAAUAAAACUGGGCAUUGGGCAUUAUUGAUGUUGCUUACUUGACAUACGGGAGAAUGGAACUUGAAUUGCUACGAUUCAAAAGACCUUUUCUCAAUAACAUGUUGACAUUUUUCUAGUUCUUUUUAUGUGUCUUCCUACCUGAAUUUGGCUCUGAAGUCCUAUUUUGCCCUGCAUUGGACUUUCACCAUAUCUGUAGAGUUAGUAGCAGAGAGAACAGAGGAGUAUAAUUGCUCUGCAUUGCAAGAGCUGCUUGUCAUGGGAUGGCUUAUCUAUUGUCUCACUUGUGUAACUUCUCCUGUGCAAAUUAAUCAUUCCUAUUCUCAAAUAUUUCAUUCCGAUAUUUGGAGGAAGGGUCCAGUGCCUCCAAAGAUCUCUCAUUAUUUCUUCUGUAGUAUUUCAGAGGAGUGAUAGUUGAUGGGCGAAUGGGUAUAAUCUAAACGUUUUUGUCAUUCAUGCAUAUUCCAUUUGUAAAGCUUUUGAAGUUGACAUUUUGAAACUUACAUUAAAGAUAUUGUAACUGACAA